AUGGCUCUCAAACAACAUCUCCUUGACUCUGGUUUUACUAAUUCUCUUGCGGAUGCGUCCCUGUUUAUUCAUAGCUCUGGCUCUCAACUCACAUAUGUCCUUGUCUACGUUGAUGAUAUCAUCGUAACUGGAAGUCACUCAAGCACCGUUCAUGCUGUCCUCACUGCUUUUGCUGAUCGGUUCUCCAUCAAGGAUCUCGUUGAUCUACAUUAUUUUCUUGGCAUCGAGGUUUCUCGAUCCAAACGUGCUAUGCAUCUUAUGCAACGGAAAUACAUCAAUGAUCUCCUACUCAAGACCAACAUGCUCGACGCGAGGCCUGUUUCCACGCCUUUAGCUACAACACCGAAAUUGACCCUCACAAGUGGUGCUCCUCUAGAUGAUCCUUCAAACUAUCGCUCUGUUGUGGGCAGUCUUUAA